GGCACACCACGUGAUUUUUGCCGACGCGCACGCGACUCCUCCACUACAUCACUAUUUCGUGGGAGGCUGAGGAACACACUGCCCGGAUCUGAGAUUCUUCUGCUGUGAUACCCCAAAAGCGACAAUGUUACCAACAGCGUUGCACACAAAGUACACGACUGUGUAUACGCAACUGUGCAACCGAAAUGGUAAUGCGAACCGAGGCAGGAACGACCCCAAGAGUCAGCAAGCAACCCAGCGGCAGAAAGAAAACUACGACACCGAUGCAUCGGGUGCGAGGACCCAUCCAAGCGGACGGACCCCAUUCCCGAUGACUACCCGAGCGACCGACUUGAGAGACGAAGCGGAGCGAAGCAGAAGACGAUCUUCACUCGUCGAGCUCCAGCAAGCAAGUUCUAGCUCUUGCCCGCAGUUCAUGCGCGUAAAGAGCCGCUUUCCGCGAAAGCGAGCAACACAACAGCGGUCUACAGCCAUCCUACGGCAAAAACAGCUGAUGCUGAUUGAUGAGUAACAAAUCGCGGGCUCCCGUCCAAGCCGGAUAGCGUCGGGACGAAAUCUAUCGGGAGGUGCCCCGACCCGGCACAUCGUGCAGAAGAGUGGCAGCACACCCUCUCACGACAAGGCACAAGGUGACAGACAUGCGGUAUGCGCUGUCAAGUCUUGUCUCACUU